GGCGCCAUUUCCUGCCGGCGGGGCCGGGCGGCAGCCCAUGGGCUCGCAGGACGUGCUCGGCCAGGCCACCCGGCUGGCUUCCUCCAGCGUGUUGCUGCAGGUGCUGUUCCGGGUGGCCACCUUCGGGCUGAACGCCUUCACUCUGCGCUACCUCUCCAGGGAGCUGAUCGGCGUAGUCAACGUGAGGCUAACUCUGCUGUAUUCAACAGUUGUCUUCCUGGCCAGGGAGGCGUUUCGCAGAGCUUGUUUGAGUGGAAGUACAAAGCGGAACUGGACCAAAACAAUUAAUCUAUUGUGGCUGACAGUCCCUCUUGGUGUGUUUUGGUCUGUUCUCUUGGGCUUAAUCUGGCUACACUUGCUUGAAGUACCUGAUCCCUCUGUGGUUCCUCAUUAUCAGGCUGGUGUAGUGGCAUUUGGUCUUUCUGCAAUUAUUGAGCUUCUGGGAGAGCCACUCAGGGUUUUAGCACAAGCUCAUUUGUUCGUGAGACUUAAGGUAAUUGCUGAAAGCCUUUCAAUAGCAUCAAAAUGUGUUUUGACAGUUAUUUUAGUAGUCCUUUAUCCUCAAUGGGGCCUCUACAUUUUUUCCUUGUCUCAGCUUUUAUAUGUUGGUGUUCUUGUAAUGUGCUAUGUAACUUAUUUUGUGAUGUUUUUGGGGUCUCCUGAAGCAACAAAAAAGACAUUUCCAAUUGCUAGAAUGAAAGCUCUGUUACCUAACUUGGUGGAAGGUGAGACCUUUGUUAACUGGAAGGAAGCAUGGCUGACUUGGAGUUUCUUCAAACAAUCCUUCUUGAAACAGAUUCUCACAGAAGGUGAACGAUACGUGAUGACUUUUUUGAACGUGUUAAAUUUUGGAGAUCAGGGUGUAUAUGAUAUCGUGAAUAAUCUUGGUUCACUGGUGGCCAGGUUUAUCUUUUUGCCUAUUGAGGACAGUUUUUAUGUCUUUUUUGCUAAAGUGCUGGAAAGAGGGAAGAGUGUAAAGGAUCAGAAGCAGGAUGAUGUUGCUAUGGCUGCAAAUGUAUUGGAAUUGCUAUUGAAACUUGUGCUUCUGAUUGGCGUUACCAUCACAGUUUUUGGCUAUGCCUAUUCUCAGCUGGCUCUGGAUAUUUAUGGAGGCUCAAUUCUCAGUUCUGGAACAGGUCCAGAUCUCCUCCGAUGUUACUCUUUGUAUGUCCUAUUUCUUGCUAUCAACGGAGUAACAGAAUGUUUUACGUUUGCUUUGAUGUGCAAAGAAGAGGUAGACAGGUACAAUUUGGUAAUGCUGGCCUUGUCCUUCACAUUCCUGUGCAUCUCUUAUUUCUUGACCUACUGGUAUGGCAGUGUAGGCUUCAUCCUUGCCAACUGCUUUAGCAUGGGUAUUCGGAUAGCUCACAGCAUCCACUAUAUCUAUGAUUACUUCAAAGAAAGCACUUACAGACCUUUGACAGGCUUGCUUCCCUCACCAUUUUUGGUACUCGUUUAUAUCAUAAGUGGAGUAAUCACUGGUUUCUCAGAGGUGUUCUUCUGCUGUGAUAAGGGUUGGAUGGCAAGGCUGGUGCACAUCAGCAUGGGGGCUCUGUGCUUUGCAGCAACCAUCGUUACUAUGUUCUGCACAGAGACCAAGCUGAUCCACUUUGUCAGAAGCCAGUUCCUGUCCCGGUAUAUGAAGAAAGGAACAUGAAAUGCUUGUGUGCGGAACAGUUCUUGUACGUGCUUGCAGAAAAGGGCUGUUUUUUGCAUAAGAUCUACAUGUGUUCCUUUGAAGUGUUGAUAUCAGAGUGGCAAUGUAAAAGGUUGCAAUCUGAGUAUUCUUUUGUUGUCUAAACUGGUCGGUACAGUGAAGGAGAGCUGAGUUAUUUUCACCUUGUGUGUCAUUCACCUCUAAGCUUUUCUUCAAACAGCUUCUUUGGUAAUCAAUGAAGGUCUAAGAUACACCCUUCUGACAUAACCUAGUUGACAGACUAGAUGUAGAGAGAGCUCCCAUUCUUACCAAGAGGGAGUACAUGUAUGGAGACAUCAUAAUGUUUUCAUCUUAAGAUACAAUUUAGAAUGCUCGUACUUGGCACAGUGGGCUGCUUGACUGGUUAGAAAAUAAAUGGUCUGACCAAAAAAAAAGCAAAACAAAACACAAAAAAAAAGUUGAAGAAAACACAGCAAGGACCAACAGCAAUAUAACUGUUACUGAAGCAGAACAUAAUGUGGUGCAGAUUGAGUUGUCAGUGUUUUGAAGUGAAGUGGUGAAAAGAAAGUUCUGACAUUUACAAGUAAAUUAAUGGCAUACACAGCAUGUGUCCAUGGUAGCUAUGCAGAAUUAUUUCAUUCAGCAUACCUUUCAUUUAUGAGGGUAUUGAUUACCUUGUCAAAACACUCUGAAGCGUUAGCUAAAAGAAAAAAGGGGGGUUGAGCAGUGAUUUACAGAAGAUAUUAAGAAGAAUCACACUGACACUGAAUUUCCAAAAGGUUAGUUGUAAAAUUUCUUUAACUGCAUUGUUUUUUGUUUUUAUCUGAGAACUUAAAUACCAGUGCAAACAAAUUUGUCUCAAUAAAAAUUAUUUUAUCAUGUCUGUGAAACUGAAUGUUAAAUAUGUUUAAUAAGAUUUCUUUCAAGUAUUUAGGCAUAUUUGAAACUCUAUAUGAUAGAAAAUGCUUCCUUUUGUUGCAGUCAAUUUUCCUCACGUCAUGUUACUCUUUGUAUUGAUUUUUUGUUUGUUGAAAAUCUGGACAUUCAGAAGUUGUAAAAUUAGAUGUUAGGCUUCUGUUUUAGGUUUACUAAUGGUGUAUUUUAUUUUUGGUUGAAGGUCUGAAUUUGGCAGUUUCAGAAUGUUCAAGUGUCAGGUUUAUAAUGAUCAAUGUUCCCUUUGCAGUGUUUGGAUGGGCCUAAAAAUGUCAAAUGAUGAAAAAUGUGUGCUCAGACAUGUACAGUCAAAAGCUUUUGAUUUAAUUAUGUAGGAACUUUGCAAAUCAUCAGACUGGUUAAAAAAAAAAAAAAAGCACUUACUGUAGUGGCAUUGAGGAGUUACCCUGCUAACUAUAGUUCACCGUGUGAAGUGGUGAACUUUCUGGUAUCAGUGUCUUUAGUUGAGUGCUGUUAGAAAUGUUUUCUAAACUCUGGUGAUUAUCACCAGAGAUACUUUAUAUCAGAAUUCAGUGAUUUAAAAAUUAUCUCAUAGAAGCCAAAAUGUAACAGUGGGAGAGGGAGGUGUAGUUCUUCAGCUUAUGGUGGUGUUUGUGGCCUGGCUGGAAGGCAGCAGAAAGAAACUUGCUGAUUUUUCAUUAUUUAUUAGGGGGGGAAAAAACCAAGACUGUUGAAUUUUAGUACUUUUUAGAGUCCGUCUUUUUUUGAGUGACUUGGGAUCUUGCUCUAGGAAUAUCUCAGUCUUUACUGUCAAUUUUAAUAACUACUUGGAAUGAGAAAUUUUUGUACAGUGCUUUGGAGAUUAAAGUACUCCUCACACAAAACGAGCCUUAAGUCACACUGUCUUGUGUAGUCUCCUGAUCCCAGCUGUUCCAUGGUGCUACUACUACUGCUUCUAAAAUUGUCAUCAGUUGGGUGAUGUGAGAUCUCACAGCUCAGGCAGUGGGCUGGCUGGUCUCAUCAAUCUCUUAACAUAAAUGUUGUGUAUGCACUUGAAAAUUAGUUAGGUUUUAGAACAAAUUAGUUUGUUGUAAUAUUGGAAAGGCUUAUAAAUAUCUCUGCAUCUCGGCAAGUGAAAAUGCAAUUUUGCAUUAAUCAGGAAGACAGUUGAGGUGGCGUAAUCAUUUCUCAUUUCCAAAUUAAGGAUACAUUCCGCUCAAACUUGAUGUGUAAGCUGUUGGGUGAUGGAUAGCUGGGUUUUGUGGUUUGGUUUGAACAAAAACAAAACUGGCAGAAACUGCAAGGAAGGACGGGAAGUAUAAUACCUAUAAAGUCUCCUGGUUUCUUAUUUAUCUGUGUGUUCCUUAAUGCAAAAACUUGUAAUUGCUUUAUUUAUAAUGAAGAAAACUGUCAAAUUCAGGGUCAAAGUUGCAAUUGACUCAACCAAAUUUCCCUUCUGUUUGAAGUUUGUCUUUCAAGGGCAAGACGGGAUGCUUCUCUAGAAAUUUAAUGAGGCUGUUUUGCUGUGUUUUUCUGAAAUUCUUUCAUUUAAGCCAGAGGAGAAUUAAACUUUUUUUUUGGAGAAGUAAUUUCA